AUGCUUUCUGCUGCUCGCUCAGUUCUUGUGAUUUUCUUAAUAUUCAGAGGGACCAACGGAGACUCAGUGAACCAGACAGAAGGCCCAGUGACUCUCUCAGAGGGGGCUCUUAUGACCCUGAACUGCACUUACGAGACCACUGCUUUAUCUCCCUAUCUUUUCUGGUAUGUUCAGUAUCUCAACAAAGCUCCUCAACUCCUCCUGGAAAGCUUGAAGGCAAACAAGAUGAAAGAGCAGCAAGGUUUUCAGGCCACUCUUGUUAAGACUGACCGCUCCUUCCAUCUGCGGAAACCCUCAGUGCAAACAUCAGACUCGGCUGUGUACUACUGUGCUGUGAGUGACACAGUGAGAGGGGCUGCAGGGGGAGCUGAACACAAACCCAAGGGGAGCAGGAGGGCUGAAAAAACAGCCAGUUCCAUUAGCCUCGCCAUCACAGCCUUGCAGCUCGGAGACUCAGCGGUGUAUUUCUGUGCUCUGAGAGACCGCAGUGAUGCGGGUGCCUGUGGGAGGCCCACAGAAACCUCAGAUCUCAACAUGAGGCGUCCCCCAGCUGUGAACACCUUAGUAGGUCUGUCCUGGUCUCAUGGAUUCAGCAUUGAUGUCUCAGGAAGAACUGGAGCCCAGUCAGUGACCCAGCCUGACGGUCACAUCACUGGCUCUAAAGGUCCCCCCUGA